AUGGUUUUUGGAAUCGAUGACACAAGAGCACGAAAAUCUCUAUUGGUUUCGAGAAGGAUAUCAAGCCUCCGCGACCGCCCACCUCCACAGGACCACCUUUCCAUAAGUUUUGAAGAGCUUCCACUUCUGUCUUCGCAGAUGAAGUUCUUCAAUUGGGUGCAAAAUAAGUUUAAUGGCGGACCAGGAAACAGAAAGACAAAUGCAGAUUCUGCUACUACUUGUCAUCAUUCAAAGCAAGAACCCCGCAAUGAAGAGUUCAGUGACUGGCCUAAUGGACUGCUGGCAAUAGGAACGUUUGGUAACAAUGAUCAUCUAAAACAAAACCCAGAAAACCAAAAUGAUCUUGAAGAUAACCCUUCCUCCUCUGAAGAUCUAGCAGAAUUCACACCAGAAGAAGUUGGAAAGCUACAAGAAGAGUUGACAAAGCUCUUAAAACGAAAACCAAUUUCCAAAGUUGAAGAAGAAAUAGCUGAUCUCCCAUUGGAUAAAUUCCUUAAUUGCCCUUCAAGCUUAGAGGUUGAUCGUAGGCUUUCUGAGAACACAUUAUGCAGUACGGUUUCAGAUGAAGAAGAUAUUGAGCGAACUAUCAGAGUAAUACUCGGUAGAUGCAAAGAGGUUUGCAUGGAUAACAAGAAGAAGGCAAUCGGGAAAAAAUCAGUUUCUUUCCUUCUCAAGAAAAUGUUUGUGUGCAGAGGUGGGUUCGCACCAGCUCCCAGUUUGAGAGAUACGUUUCAAGAGUCAAGAAUGGAGAAGCUUUUGAGGACAUUGCUGUCCAAAAAUAUACACCCUCAAAAUUAUUCUCGACCUUCGUCUUCAUCCACAAAGAAAUACCUCCAGGACAAUAGGCCAAAGACUUCUGAAGAAGACGAAAGGAGGAAGAAAACAAGUGAUGGAAGUAAAUGGGUCAAGACUGAUUCUGAAUGUAAGUCGAACUAUUCUGCUAACUAG